UCUCUCUCUUGAAUUCCUCUCCCUCGUCGUAUCAACCGAUCUCAGCCGUCCAAUCCGAUCUCAAGGAAGAGGAGAAGAAGAAGAAGAAGAAGAAGAAGAGAUGGAUUUCCAUCUCCUGGAGAUCAACUUGAUCUCGGCGCAGUCCCUGAAGAAACCGGCGUCCCCCCUUCACAUUCACAGGAUGCAGACCUACGCCGUCGCCUGGGUGGACCCCACCACCAAGCUCCGCACCCGCGUCGACCUAGUUGGCGCCGAGAACCCGACCUGGAACGACAAGUUCAUCUUCCGGGUCCCCGCCUCUUUCCUCGACCCCUUCUCGUCCUCGGCCUUCUGUCUCGAGAUCUACGCCGUUGGUCGCAUCCUCGAUACCCUCAUUGGCACCGUCCGUUGCCUCGUCGGCGGCCUCCGCCUCUGUCCUUCCGUCGCUACCCCAUCCUUCGCCGCCCUCCAGAUCCGCCGCCCCUCCGGCAGCUUCCACGGCAUCGUCAACCUCGGCGCGACGUUGCUCCCGCCAUCCUUCCACGCGCUGAUGGGCGGGAUCGCGGCGAUCGGAUUCCACGAUCUGAUGGGCCAGAAUCCCAGGGACCGCCUGAAUCGGCACGGCGCGUCAGCGCCUUGUAAGAAGGAAAGAUCUUCGGAAUGUUCCUGGAGAGGAUCGGACGGAUCAGAUUCGAAGAAGGUUCUCAAGGAGUUGAAUGGAGUGAGGAACAGAUCGGACGGUGGAGGGAUCCUGCGUCGACUGGGGUUUCAGAGGAGGAUCCAUCUGAGCCCAUCAGAUCAGGACCUGCAGAUCUCGUUGCCAUCGGAUGACAAGUGAAGCUGAUGGACGGUCGAAAUCUUUUUCUUUCUUUCUUACGUUGGAAUCGGGUCGGGUUUCUUUCUAUUUUCGGCAGAGGGGUAUUUAUGUAAAUCUGUGAUGGA